CAUCUAGCGACAGAACUAGCCAGGCGGCAGUUCUUUUCUAAAAGAUCGAUCAUGAUUUCCAGGCUUCCAGGGACGAAAUGAAGAUGAAGAAAAACCCUCACAUCUUCUAGGGUUUCAACGAUCCUCAAAAGAGAUUUCCUUUCUUCGUUUCUGUCGAAUCAAAUCUCUCGAGGAUGAGAUCAUCCGCGUCGAAUUUAGGUUGUCUGCUCGUUUUCGCCAUCGCAUUUGCGGGAAUCUGCGGUAAAGGAGUCGCCGGAAUUCAAUCUGAGGCGUAUGUUACUCUUCUCUACGGAGAUGAAUUUCUUCUCGGAGUUCGAGUUCUCGGGAAAUCGAUUCGGGAGACGGGAUCGACAAAAGACAUGGUUGUUCUUGCUUCGUACGGAGUUUCCGAUUACGCGAAGAAGCUUCUUCGGGCUGAUGGUUGGAUUGUGGAGCUUAUAAGUCUAUUGGCUAACCCUAAUCAAAUACGGCCAAAGAGAUUUUGGGGAGUCUACACCAAACUAAAAAUAUUUAACAUGACAAAUUACAAGAAAGUUGUGUAUCUAGACGCAGAUACUAUUGUACUGAAAAAUAUUGAGGAUCUCUUUAAAUGUGGGAAGUUUUGUGCGAACUUGAAGCAUUCAGAAAGGAUGAAUUCUGGAGUCAUGGUAGUGGAGCCAUCAGAAACAAUUUUUAAAGACAUGAUGAGCAAAGUUAACACCUUGCCUUCUUACACUGGAGGGGAUCAAGGUUUUUUAAAUUCAUAUUAUGCUGGAUUUGCCAAUGCACAUAUCUUUGAUCCAAACUUAUCAGCAGAUGUGGUAAAUUCAAGACCAGUACCUGAAAUGGAACGACUAUCUACUCUAUACAAUGCAGAUGUUGGUCUCUACAUGCUGGCCAAUAAGUGGAUGGUAGAUGAAAAAGAACUUCGAAUUAUUCACUACACCCUUGGCCCCCUUAAACCAUGGGACUGGUGGACAGCUUGGCUUCUGAAACCUGUUGACAUCUGGCAGAAUGUUCGGGAACAGCUUGAGGAAUCGCUUCCAGGAACGGGAGGAGGCAGGAACCCUAAUGAACAGCUUCUAGUCAAAUUUCUCUUUGUCCUUCCAUUGUGUGUGUUAUUAUUUUGCUGCUAUAGAUCAUUUCUUCAGCACAGGGAUCUUUUUGAUACCUUUUGUAGAAGCUCUUUUUGUAAUCUCAUUAAAUGCAUCUACUACAAAUACAAGUCUGGCGGCGGACAUGCUACCUACUCAACCAUUGGUGUUACUUCACCGUCUAUCAUUAAUUCUAAUCAACAGUUCUCAAAUGGCUCAUAUUCCAAGCUGCCUGCUUAUUUGGGCGGCAUCUCUGUUUUCAUCUGCUUUAUUGCAGCCGCGGUAUCUCUUAGACUUGCAUUCAUUGUUGUUCCCCGACAAGUAAUGCCAUGGACAGGUUUGCUUCUAAUGUACGAGUGGACAUUUACAAGCUUUUUCAUAAUAUUUGGAAGUUACCUCCAUUUAGUGUAUGAAUGGGGAAAGGCAACAGCAACUCCAGGAGGAACCUUCUCCCCUCAGGGCCAAUCUUCUGAUUACGAUUCAGGCAAAGGUCAUCAACGCCAGGUUUCUAACUGUGACACUGCCACAUGGUUCUAUGGAAUUGGGAUGGCAGUUCUGGCCGUUGCUGCUCCCUCGCUGCCGUGUCUGUUGGGAAUAACUGCACUGUUUGCAAGGUUAGGUUUGAUGGUUGGAGGAGGGCUAGUGUUAGCAUCUUUCAUGACAUAUGCUUCAGAGCAUCUUGCAGUCAUUGCUUUUGUGAGGGGCCGCGAAGACUGUGAUCAGCCCCAGAGCAGGAGUCUUUGUUUUUUAUGUUGAUCAAUUGUGCCAACUGCAAGCAUUGGUUGCAUCCAUUUUGUAACAGCAAAACCACAUCUAAUUUGUAACCUAGCAAUUUUCCACAUUCAUUUGGUGCAUUGAUCAAGCUGUGUCAACAUGCAGUAGUGUUCUUCCAA